AUGAUCGUGGUAUUAAUUGUGAUUUGUGUGAUCAUCGCAUGGAUUUUUUGGGAAAUUCAAAGCAGCUUCAAAUAUUGGUCCAAUUUCAACAUCCCGCAGAGUAAGCAGAAUAUAUGGGCCUACCUCACCAAUUGGCGUGUAUCCUUCCACAUGAUGCAAUUGUACAUGAUGUGUCGCAAGAAAAAAUGGCCGUGCGUGGGUGCAUUUCUCAUAACUCGGCCGAUUCUCUUCGUGGCUUCACCGAAACUUCUCAAGGAAAUUGCUUUCACGCAUUUCCAGCACUUUCGUAAUCGCGGAAGUUACCACAACGGGAAAAGUCUGGAAAAUUUGAAUUUGUUUAAUAUGAAAAGUGAGGAAUGGUGCAAGUGGCGUAAAAGUGUAAAUUCUUGCUUCGCUCCAAAUAAAAUGUCACAAUAUACCAAGAUAUUUAACAAAAUCAUGAAACAAAGCAUAAUUAAUUUGGACAUGGAUUUUAAUCAUGCUGAAAUAGAUUUCUUCAAGUUUGCAAAUGACUAUGCAUGCAGUAUCGCGCAGAUUUUGUUCCUGGGAGAAGCGCAAACACCUGAAGAAUUAUUAGAAACCGAAGAAUUGCAAACUGCCAUCUUUAAACCGACGUUGUGCAGUAAACUAAUAGAUAUUUUGAGUUAUUAUUGCCCUCGUUUAUUACAGUUUUGCAAUGCACCAGAGUUUCCACAAGGUGUGCAAGAUAGAGUGAGAAAGUCUUUAAGAUAUACUCUGAAUAAUCACACUUACUUAGAUGGUACAUUCCCUCAACAAUUUAUGGAUUUCCGUGCGAAAGACGAUACGGUACAAAUCGAAAAGAUGAUUGGUGUUUUGAGCGCCCUCUUUAUCGGUGGUUUGAAAUCAACGACGCCAUUACUGACGUACGCAUGUUACGAACUGGCGAAGACACCCGAAGUGCAAAUCAAACUGCGCUCGGAGAUCCUGGAUGCAAUUGAUGCAAAUGGCGAUGUAUCAUAUGAAAAUUUAAAGAACAUGCCCUACAUGCAAUGUGUAUUGAAUGAAGUGAUGCGACUUCAUAAUGGCGGACCAUUGAUCUUUCGAGAGUGUCAUGAAACAUGCACGAUUGAAUCUAUUGGCUUGACGGUGGAAAAAGGAGUUUUGGUUGCAGGAUCACUCAGGGGCAUUCUAAUGGACGAAGAAUAUUUUCCAAAUCCAGAGCGGUUUGAUCCUGAUCGAUUCCUUGACCCGUCUUCUACGCAUCAUGAAGCAUUUCAUCCUUUUGGGAUUGGUCGGCAUAACUGCAUCGGAAACAAAUUUGCUUUGUUCCAAGCAAAGAUAUUUCUAUCAUUAUUGCUCUCUAAGUAUUCUCUAAUAGUUAAUGACAAAACUAUGAAAACUUUUAAAGAUAAAAAUGCUAGGUUAGCGGCAAAUGCUAUUUAUUUGAAUAUUUCGCCACUAUGAAUUAUUUAUUGCUUUGCUUUGAUAUUUAAUAUUAAAUUUUGCGUGUGAUAACUAAUAAUAUAUUUAUAUUUACUAUUUACUGCACAUUGAUUGAAACUGUAAGUAUUAUAAGCAACUGUGUUAUUUAAAAAACUAAAAA